AGUAAUUUCCGGCCAUACUUCACGUUGGUGAUAAAAAUCUGCUCAUCUGAUCGCGUAAUCACUUAAUCAGUUUCAUUAUUCAUUAAUUUGAAGUAAUUAGAUUACUAGUGUAAUGCAAACAUCGUACACUUGUCCAUCUCUGCUGGAAAACUGUGGUAAAAUCACACCGAAGCUGUGGAGUAAAUACUGUGUCGUUCUUUAAUGUACAUUCAAAUUUAGCCUCGCAAUGGAUAAAGAAAGAUUUUCUCUACUGCUCUUGGAACCUGGAGAAUACUACUUCGAAGAUUACAGCUGUUAUUUAACUGAAAUUGAGAAAUCGUUGUUCACCAAAGAUGAAACUGAUAAAUCAAUCGGACGAUUCAGAGUGUGCUCAAAGUCGCUUGUUUUUAAUCCACGCGAUAUAUCUUUACCUCUGAUUAAAAUACCAUUCAAAGAGUGUACCGAAAUCAAGAGACAUGAGCCUCAUGUUAUGCACGAGACGAAUCAAGUUAUAUCCAUCGAAUGUAAACAGUUUGUUGAAAUGUUAACUGGAAAUAUCUUAGCUCCUUAUACAUUCAAACACGGUAAACGAAAAUUUUAUAUUAAACUUAAUUACGUUCGUGUUGAAGACUGUCUUCCUCAUAUGUCACAAUUACAUCGAGCUUCAUCUCUUCCAGUUGCUGAGCAAAAUCAAAUGGUCGCAGCGAUUGCUUACGAUAGACAAUGUCGCAUGAAAUUCGACCCAACUUGGUUGGAAAGUUUCGACGAUCAAAUUGUAAUCGAAACGAUCGGAAGUAAAAUAUCUCCGCUUGUUGUGAACCCAGGUAAAAUAGUCCUAUCUACGCAAAAUCUAUACUUUCAACCUUUCAACAACAUCGAACCGCAACAAUAUAUUAAAAUACGCAUUUCCCAUAUCAAGUCGAUCAUCAGAAGAAGGUUUCUUUUACAACAUGUCGGCUUGGAGAUAUAUUGCAAAGAAAACAGUUCAACUUCGCAUUUAUAUAUUUCUCUGAAAACCACUAAAGCCAGAGAUGAAUUAUAUAACGCUAUUUUAAAACAACCUGCUUUAAAUCUCAGCGAAUCCGAUCAGGAGAUAAUGACGCUACAAUGGCAAAAUGGGACUAUAUCCAAUUACGAUUAUUUACUCUAUAUCAAUAGCAUGGCAGAUAGAACGUUCAAUGAUUUAACUCAGUAUCCAGUAUUCCCUUGGGUUAUCGCUGAUUAUUCAUCGUCCACUUUAGAUCUAACGAAUCCUAAAACGUUUAGAGAUUUAUCGAAGCCUAUCGGAGCAUUAAAUCCGGAACGUUUGAAACGUUUAAAGGAACGCUAUAAUGAAAUGUCACUUCCAAAGUUUUUAUACGGAUCUCAUUACUCAACUCCGGGUUUCGUAUUAUUUUACUUGGUCCGGAAAUACCCUCAUUAUAUGCUGUGCCUUCAAAAUGGUCGUUUCGAUCAUCCAGACAGGAUGUUCAACAGCGUGUACGAUAUAUGGAAAAAUGUGUUAACCAAUAUGUCAGAUUUUAAAGAACUGACGCCUGAAUUUUACGAUACUACGCAGAAGGGCGAUUUCCUUGAAAAUAAAUACGGUAUUAAUUUCGGUUAUAAACACGAUGGCACUAGAGUCGGCGAUGUUACACUACCUCCUUGGGCAGCGAAUCCUGCAGAUUUUAUUGAAAAAUUACGAGAAGCUUUAGAAUGUGAUCAAGUUUCGGCGAAUUUACACCACUGGAUUGAUUUAAUAUUCGGAUACAAGCAGAAUGGCGAUGAAGCUGAAGAAGCUGAUAAUAAAUUCUACUAUUUAUGCUACGAAGGAGCUGUUGACCUAAACUCGGUCAAGGAUUGGAACCAGAGACACGCUUUAGAAAUCCAAAUAAUGGAAUUCGGUCAAAUUCCCAAACAAGUUUUCAAGAAACCUCAUCCUGCUCGUACCUGCUCGUUGGUAGCGCUCGAGAAAGUUGCUCCUACAUCGAAUGACGACACGAUAAAAAAAUACGAAUUCAAUUAUCAAUGGAAUUCUAAAGAAUUUCAGUCGAAUUAUUGCUCUACUACGCACAGAUCACCCGUCAGUUCGGUCGCAAUAUCGAAAGAUUCGUCGACUGUGUUCUCAGUCGGCAAAGACGCGUUGUUUAAAAUGCACAACGUUUCGACUUUGUCACAAGAAAGGAGUAUAUCGCUUACUGGAAUGAUUUUGUCAUCGGUUUAUUUACUAGAUGAUGGAAUAACAGCUUUGAUCGGUUGUUGGGAUAGCACAAUAUUAGUUUACAACAUCGAAUGCGGAAGUAUUGUCGAUACAGUAAGAGGACACGAGGACGCGGUUACGUGCAUAGGUUGGUGUAAUAAUACCAAGCGAUUAAUUUCUGGAUCGUGGGAUUCCAUGAUACGUGUUUGGAAAGCUAAUCUACCAUGGACUCAAUUGAAACCGACGUCUUGUUUGAUAGCUCAGUUCAACCACGAAACGAGAAUACCUUGCUUGAACGUUGCCAGUAACGAGAAAUUAUUAGCAUCGGGUUCUGAAACAGGAGAUGUUUUUGUUUGGUCUCUGGAUACGUAUAAAUUGAAAACCAAGUUGACUGGUCAUGCGGAUCUAGUAUCAGAUUUGAAAUUCAGCCAUGCUUGCGAUAGAUUAAUUACUUGCAGUAAAGACCGUUCUUUCAGAGUAUACGAUGUCGAAACCGGGUCUCAAGUUUAUUUCAAAGUUUUGGAUCAAAUAUUGAAUUGUGUCCUUUGGGAUUCUACUCGUGUCUUACUUGGAGGUAGUUUUGGCACUCUGUUUUUCUGGGAUUUGAAGAAAAAUGCUCCAAUUGCAACGAUGCAUGCUCAUACUGAUUCUAUCACAACAAUGCAUUGUAACGAAGAUGGAUCACUGGUAGUUACCGGAGGCGAAGAUCGUAGGGUUGUGAUAUGGAAAACGACAUAAGUCCCCUUCUCGAUAACGGAAAUCGAAAUUUUAAAGUGAAAUAAGAUGUGAUAAUUUUGUUCGUUUGCUUUUAUUUUAUAAUAUGAAGGAUAACGGUGUAGUUUUUAGAUUUAUUUUAUGCGCUAGCUUCAUCGUGUUCCAAGUUUUUUUAUGUCUAGUCUCGUUUGUUUUAUUUUUUUAACGCAUAUUUUUCCUAAUACGGUCUGAGAGCUUUCAAAAUGAAACUGACUGCUUUUAUACGUUAAGUAAAAUGAUGCAUCACAGAUGAUUACCUAUUCAAAUAGUUAUUCGACGCUCAAAACUUCCUGCGGAUAAUUUUUUACUUUUUGAAUUUUAUUUUAUUGUUUCAUUUAAAAUACGAUUCUGUGAUGAAUUACAAUACGCCAGUUUUUAUCUAAUUUUAUUAUAUCUGUGAAUUAAAUUUGUUUUCAUGUUUUA